AUGAGAUCAUCAGCUGAUUUUGUGUAGUGUGUAGUAUACACAUACACCUAGUAGUAUCGCAUAUUUUCUCUCCAUUUGAAAAUUGACUUAGCAUUUUUAUCGUAUUCUUUUAUAUGUUACUUUUUUAAGAAAUUUUUCAAUUCUCGUUAUUAAAAAAAGUGAAAUAACAUUAUUAUUAUUAAUAAAGCUAGGAGCUUAAUUAGUAGUUAAGAUAUGUAUUAAGAUGGAGAAAAUGGACAUAAUAGACAUAAAUUGUUAAAGAUAAUUAUUAAAAAUUCUGCAUGUACAUGCUGUCUUGAUGAGGAAUGACAAGUUGUUUAUCGCUGCAAAAGAUUGGCAUAUAUUUGUUGAGAAAAAGUUUGCCACAAAGAUGCUGUGCAAUAAUGGAAUUCUUAGUCUGUUCUGUUUCAUUGCAGCAGGCUUAAUAUCAUUUCUCCCUGAAUUACUCUUGAGAUUACAGUUUGACAUUUAUGUUGUAUAUUUUACAAAUAUCUGGUAUUUACAUAUAACACAGUACAUUCUCAUAAAUGUACUUGCAUGUUUGGCAUUUCGUGGCUUUGCUUAUCAAGUGGCAAUCAGAGCAUUGUUUCUUGGAUAUGUAUUUGGAAUUGGUAUUUUAAUAUCAAUUACUGCAUCGCCAUCAUGGCAGAUAUUUGGAAUUUACAUGACGAUAUUAGCAAGUUUCCAUUAUUCUGAAUUUUUAGCUAUAGCGUGGACAAAUCCAGCAGUAUUGUCAAUCGACAGUUUUAUUCUUAACCAUAGCAUAGCAUAUGGUGUAGCAGCAGGUCUUAGUUGGAUAGAAUUUCUCAUAGAGAGGCAUUAUUUUUAUGAAUUGAAACUGCCUUCUCCAGUAUCCUAUUUUGGAUUAGUAUUGUGCAUCUCCGGUGAAAUUCUGAGAAAACUGGCAAUGUGCACUGCAAAGCAUAAUUUUAAUCAUAUUGUGCAAAGUGAGAAAAAUGAUAAUCACCAACUUGUUACGCAUGGUGUAUACAGUCUGUGCAGACAUCCUAGUUAUGUAGGAUGGUUUUACUGGUCUAUAGGAACACAGUUAAUACUUCAAAAUCCACUCUGUUUUUGUGCAUAUGCAUUGAUGUCAUGGAGAUUUUUCCAUGAUCGUGUUCUGAUGGAAGAAAUAAUUUUAUUAAAUUUUUUUGGUGAAGAUUAUGUUAAAUAUCAGGAAAAAGUAUGUACAGGACUUCCAUUCAUUUCUGGAUAUAAAAUUAAUUUAUAGCAUCCUACAUUGGUGUAAUUUUAUUUCUUAUCAAGUAUUUUUAUUUUUCAAGUUUGAUAUAUUAAAAAAAAAAACAUUUUGUUUGUAAGAAUUAAUUGGAUUAAUUAAUCAUUAUUUGAACAUUUAAAAAUCUUAUUUUUUUUACAUAUAAACAUAUAUUACAUGCAUAUAUAUUCAUUUUUUCAAAAAUAGGACUUGUUAACUGUCAUAAUUUGUGUUUGUCUUAAUUUUUUUUAUUAUAUAACGAAUAAUUUCUUAAUUAUUUACGAUGUGUGAUUACUUAUUUUUAUAAUUUUUUUUUGUCUAGUCAUAAGAUUUAUAUUUAAAAAUUUACUUAUAUAAAAUGCGCUCAGAUUUAAUAUAUUAAUUGUUACUAAACAAUUAUAAUAUGGAUGACUAGUACAAAAUAGCAGUAAUUAUAUAUAAAUGUGUUGUGAACGUGUUAUGUAAAUAAAUUUUUUUUUAAUAUUCUUGUAUGUAUAUGUUUUCUGAAUUUUUGGAGAAUGUUUAGGAAUAAGACUGACAUAUAAAUUGGAAAUUAUGUUUCAUAAUUAGGAAUAUUAUAAUGCCAUUAAAAUAUUUACGAUGAUAUUAUGUGAUACCAUGAAAAUAUUUAUAAAAAAUAAUAACAAAAAUACACAAUGUAUUAGCAAAAUUA